AUGCUAGAGAGGCGUGAGAACUCAUUAGAAAUGACUGCUGCUGAUCUCUCAUCCGCAUACCUGCAUGAAGUGAGACAUGAGAUGGGUCAUGCUGAUCCAGAUGCAGCAACUGAUAUAAUACUUUUCGGGAAUCUUUUGGAGCAUGAAGUCGAAAGAAGGCAGUGGGUCAAAGAUAGAACGCCCAAGGAAUGGAUCCAACAAGUAUUUAGGGAUUCUGCGGUUUUCCAUGGCAUCGAUGAGCUUAUAUGGGGCGAAUUUCUGGUUUGCAUUUAUAAAGAUCCAAUUACAAAUAUGAUCAGUGCACUUUUUAUUGAUAAAUUAGGUGUUACACAUUUCAACCCGGUAGAUAUCACCAACAAAUCUCAGUUUUAUCCUGCCAUUGAAAAUCUGACUGACAAUGAUAAAGAUUCCAAUGUAAAAAAAUCUAUUGCUGUUUCACUGUUGCGAAAAUAUGCACAACUCUCGUCGAAAGAUGUAUCAAGACUACAACCAGAUGGUCUCCGAUUUAACUACGAUCCAACACAUGCUGGUGAUCUAGCAAGUAGAUGCAAACUUGUGGAGUCAUGUGCUCCGGAAACUAUGGGUACAAGGAUACUAUCGCAAGGCAGUCUACAGCGGCGUUGUAACAAAUCGAUCCUUUUAGAUGUAAUAUAUGAGCGCAAAGAGAGUUUGACUGAGAUAAAUAACAAACUGGUUUUCCAUCUAGGAGAACAGCUUGAGCAACUCUUUAACCCUUUGACAGAAUAUUCACCGGAGCAGACAGAAUACACGUACAAACCACCAGAUUACGAUCCUAUGAGCCAUAGGACUAGCAGUAAAGUCGUCUCCAUAAUUGAUGAACUCUUGCAGUUACAAACGAACUUCACUUUCUCCUUGGUUGAGUUCCUUCAGGGAUUUCUUAUAAGUUUGAGAAUCAAAGUAUUGAAUGAACAGAUCAAAGAUUUGUCCACCGUUAAACUAAACCGCUUAUUUCCUCCAACCAUUGAUGAAGUAACAAGAAUAAAUUGCAUAUUUCUGGAUUCUUUGAAGGCAGCAACGCCAUUUGGAGCCCUGGAGAUUUUGAAGGCCUGCAGCGCCACGAUACCGUACUUCUAUAAGGCUUACACAAGACAUGAAGCUGCGACUAAAAAUUUUGUUAAAAACUUUAAACUUUUCCUGAAAAGUUUCGAAUAUUGCAUUCCACGAGAUAAUGGCUAUUCCAAUAUGAAGAUUGAGAGUAUAAUCAAUGGUCCUCAAGAGAAACUCGUCAAACUUAAAUUAAUUAUAGACCGAUUAUACAGGACGGAGGAGUGGCCCCCAAAUGAACAAGAGGAAGCGAAAAGCAACUUUGAUAAUAUUGCCUUGGCAAUAGAUUCAUUUGGGAAGAUGAAGUCUCCAUUGAGCUCAUACAACACUAGAGUAUUCACGCCAUCCGGAAAGAUAUUGACAGAACUUGCCAAAGGCUGGCCCGAAGAGUUACAGUAUAAAUGGCUUAAGCGUAGAGUCGUAGGUGUGUUUGAUGUUGUUGGGAAUGACGAAAAUAAGGAACGUCAAGUUCUAGUUAUUUUUAGUGACUAUAUUGUCUUUCUCGAAGUGGUAAAUGGCAGCCAGUAUUAUUCUGGUACCAAUAACAAUAAGCCUAAAAUUGCUGACAUAUUAAUGAAUUCCCUUAUCAAUGAAGUUCCUCUGCCCACAAGAAUUCCAAAAUUAAAAGUGCACAACUACUGCUACAUCGACGAUAUCAUUGUCACAGAGCUGGAAAACCAGUCCCUCAGAUUCGAUGCUUACCGUGGCGUUAAUUCAUUUUCAGUUACAUGCAGGCUAUCCACAAAAUCGGCAUCUGCUUCUACAGUAGCAGGCUUGGUUACCAAGGCUAAAAUACUAGAAAAAGAGACAGCAUUUCAUCUAUUCAAAGCCAACUUAGAAGAAAAUGAAAUUUAUUCAACAGCACACGAGCUAGAAGCAUACAAAAAUGAAACAUUGAAAUCCAAAUUCGGCCUCUUCUUAAACAUGAAUCCUUCAAGGCAGGUGCUCGCGGGAAGCCGUUCCCAUGUUGCCAUUUUUGCUAGCUUCAUCAGUGACAUGGAUGCGAGCGACGUUCAGCUGACUAUAUUGACAAGCGAUGGAAGGGAAAAUGCAAGUGUUGUGUCGCCAGAGGACAUGAUUCUCCGGAUUUUCGAAGUGUUGAAACAUGAAGUACCAAUCUGCUACUCCUCGUUAUAUUCCCCACUGUUACCGGCUCUGCUGAAGAUAAAUGAGCAAAUAGUUCACAAAGUUCUAUACAGCGCUGAUCCCUCUGAUAAAUUCACAAACAACACAGAAGGUGACGCUUUGACAUUCACGCAAGACCAUGAGAAAAAAAAAUCAUUUGGAACUAUCACGACUUUUAGAAGUUACACUAGUGACUACAAAGAUGUAGAGAGCAAUCAGUCUCGCGUAUCAAGAUCAGGAACUGCCAAAAAUGAAACUUUGGGUGUUGAAAAGUCUCAUAAAAUAGAAGUGAAAGCUCCUAAAGCCAUCAAUUCUAAGAACAAAGGGAGAAUCAACUCUAAGAAAAGGAAGAGUAUUAUUGAUGUCUUCAAAGGACUGUUUGAAAUCAAAAGAUCCGGGAAGAAGGAGGCGGAUAUUGCAGGCACUGUAAAGAUUAGCAAACCAAUUGUGAAAAGAGGGACGAAUGAGAGAUUACCGAAAAAGAAAGCUGCCUCGCAAGAGGUAAAAGAUCCCUUAAAACAACGUGAACAUAAGACAGGAGGCGAUAGAAUUACAUCAGUGAUAAAACACAAAGAGUUUGCAUCAAAUGAAGGCAUAGAUAUAGCUUCUCAAAAUACAAGCAAAAAUGAACCUAAUGAACAUAUACGAAAUAAUAUACUCAAAGAACAAAAAUCCUUCGAAUCUAUUUCAAGGGAUCCAGCAGAAAAAAGCUCAAAGGACCGAAGUAUCGCCACAGCACAAGAUGAAGAUUCUACUGCACAGGGACCUUCUGGAGUAGCUCAAGCUACUUCUUUAAGAGAAUCUGUCCACUCAAUAUUAUCACAAACCCUCAAACUUCCAGAAACUCCUGAAUCCCGUAAGGUUGGAGAUUGUGCGGCUCCAAAUGGAGUACAAAUACACUCUGCCGGUCAAAAUGGAUUUUAUAGAGGUCAAUCACGACAAAGUCAGCUGUUCAACGACGAUCUUUACGGAGAGCUUGCAGUUGAAGCAGCUAAAGAGAAAUCCUCCGACAGCAGUGCUGAAACCGUAUCGGGUCAUAACACGAAAGAAGUUGACGCUCAGAAAAACCAUCCUGAUACUACUGCUCCAAUCCAAAUUAUCGAAAGUCCAACAAUCAAACAAAUUACUCCUUCUGAACAAAUAGGAUCAGAAAAAAGAAUAUCCACGGUGGAAAACUUUGAAGUUAACAUUUCGCAAUAUGAUGGAAAGGAAACAACCGAAAAAAACCGUAUCUUUCCCAUCAUCCCUACGUUAGACCCUCCAAAACUUGGUUUCGAAAGAUCUACUUCCUUUGUUGAGUUAUUCAGGGGAAUGAGAUUGAUAUUAGAUGAAAAUGAUGCGCAAUAUAAUUGGAAACGUCUGUCCAGCGAGAGUUCCUUGAAUGAAAAGCAAGCGUUCAUCGCUCCAAUUCAAAAUGCUCAUAUCUUCAAAACUUUAGCUCAAGAUCCUGAUAGAAGGUUGGGUCCGCCGCAAGAGGGCAAUCAGAUCGAAAUGGUCAAAAUCCCGUCUUCGCCAACGGGCAAGUUGUCAACUGAGGAUUCUUCCGGUAUUCCGGAUCUUGCAAACGAUACUAGUGCUCGAAAACUGAACAACUCUAAUCAGAGUGUGGUGUUGCAAAACAUUCCCGGUUUACCUUUAGAUGACAGCGAGUCAAAAUUAAAUACACAACCCAAACCGUCUUUCUUAGCUGCACCCAAUUUCAAGGUACUGAGAACAUCUCCGACUAGGAUAGUUAAUAAGCUCACAAAGUUGCACGAGGUAAACCGUGAUAGUCUGAAUUAUGAUAUCUCCUUACCCUUAGACCUAGACAUGGUCUCAAACAAACGCUGGGUUGAACUGGAGCUUCCAUCACAAGAGGAUUUACAAGGCGAUAAGUUCUAUACGCCAGCCGAACAACACAAUAGUGAAUUUCCAAAAGAGGCUUUAGAAAUUGAUGAUCACUCGACUGCCUCAGAGUUUGCAAAAGAAGCUAACGAGACCUCACAGGAAACUUCGAUAGAGGAUUCUUCUAAACUAAUUGAUGCUGAGGAUUUGCUUGAAGAUAUGGAAUUCAGCUCUUUUCAUAUGACCUUCGAUGCAUCUGUUUCUAAAGACGAUAUUUCAAACUAUACUUCAUCGCCAGUACAGCAUGACAAUAAUGUGAACCCACAAUGCCCGACGACGAGGCACGUACGUCAGGAGCCAGUACUAUAUAGACUUCCCAAAGAUAUUUUCUCAACCUCAAGAACCAUUUCUCAGUUGAAUGAUGGGGGUAUCGGAGAAAGAAUUGGACAUGGAAGAAACCCCUCCCUGGAUGACGAUCCUAUAUGGGUCUCACCCAGCAAGAUUGAUUUUUAUAAUUUGAGCAAAGACUCUGAAGAAUCUACCAUGGCUAACAGGAAAGCAGCUGCGCUUCUGGAGUAUCCUUACGAUAAUAAGACAUACGAACAUCAUAAUGAGGAUACAAAUUCUUUAAGAGAACUUUCUUAUGCAUACCUGGCAAGUUUUGUUGGCUCAGAUCAAGAGAGCGAAAGGUUCGACGAUAAGCCCGUCCGUUUGCAUUUUUGCGACUAA